AUUCUAAUAGGUCGGACGGUACAAAAUUAAUUUAAAACAUGGCAGUGGAGAAUAUAUCGAAAGAACUCGAAGAUCUGGCUAUUGGAGAAGAAAAUAAUAAUUACGAAGGAAAUCAAACGCAGCAGAAGAAUAUUGAGAAAGAAAAUGAGGCAAUUGUAAUAAAUAAUAACAAAAAAUCUGAAGAAGAAGCUAAUAAAGAAGACGAAAUUGAAAAUAAAAGAGUUGAAGACGAAGAGGAGGAUAACGAGAAAGAUGAUAAUAAGGAAGACAGUGAAGAAAAAGAAGCGGAAGAAAACACGAAUCCUUCACCUUUCGCAUUCAGGAGUUUAAUAGAUGUUCCGGAAUAUUACGCAGGAUACGGUGGAUCAUUUCCAACAGCAUUUUAAAUACUUUUUAUAAAAGUAAAGUGUUUGCUAUUUAUGCUUUAAGUGUGCGCGUUUUAUUAAUUAUAGCAACACAACAAGUACGUAUUGUUACUAAUUUAUGUCGGUGUUUAUAUCCAAUUAAUUUGUGUAUAAAUUCCAAUGAAUUAUUUUUUGGACUAUUUAUUAUUGAAUAAUUAGCCAAUUUUUAGUCAUGCAUAUCUAAUUAAGUUUGUACCGAGUAACUUUCAUAAUAUUUUUCAGCAUUUUUUAAUAAAAAAAAUAUAUUUGUUAUACGUUGGCAUGCUAUGCAUAUCAUAAUUUCUAUUACCUUAUUACCAGAAAAAAAUCUUUCUUCAACAAUUUCUUUACAUUCUAACCAUUCAUACAUAAUUCAUAAAGCAAUGGAAAGGGUCCAUAUGGUACACCUGACUGAACAAUUACCUCAAUGUCAAUCUAUUCUAAGUACGUCUAUAAUGGCUAAAUUAUGUUGUUACAUUUUAAAACAACAAUAGGCUGUAAAAUGUCAUUUACACUUCGCAUGGAAGAUAAUAAACGUUUACAAGGAUUAAUCUA